UCUCUGGUUCUAUCCACCUGUUGGUUUCUCGCUCGCCCCUUCAGGUGCGCACGGGGCACCCAGGGCCUCGUUGCGCGUGCGCCUUGAACUCCUGGGCAGCAAGAUCCCACAGUUGGGAGAAACUUCAGCGGCUGGGUUUGCGGGUUUGCGGUGAGCAUCGCAUCCAAGCCCUGGGACGACACUCACGUGAGGCUGGGCCAGGUGACUGCACUUCUGCGCGAUGGGCUGCUCCAGCAGCGCUAUCAACAAGGCGGGCGACAGCAGCAGGUUCCGCAGCGGAGUACCUUCAAAUGAGGAUCCUCCCACUGGAGAACAAAGCAAGUUCUGUGUGGCCCAACCUACACCGCGUACACCAGGAAGAGAAGCUGCCCUUUAUGGCUAUGCACAAAGGGCUAGCCACGCCCCAUUAGAGAAGCCCAGGGCUUCAGUGGUGCCUACCGCCAAUGGUGUUACAUCCUGCCACCAACCAUCUCUCACAAAUGACGAGGCCCCUAGAAAGAAUGCCACAGACCAGUCAGGACCCACAAAGGAAACUGAGCCUCUAGCACAAGGGGAAGGAUCUGAGCUACCUCAGCCAGGGGUCAAAGAUGGUACACUGGGAACGGAGGACACGAAGACAGAUGUGGAGACAAGGACAGAGGCCCAGUCUUUAAAAGGAACUGCUGAGACUGAGCCUCUAGGAACAGAAGCCAAGAGUCAGCCUCUGAGGACACCAGGAAGGAGGGAGUCCCCUGGAGCGGGGGAGGACACUGAGAUUCCACAAACUGCUGGAGUGACGAAGCUUCCAGAAACAGCUGAGAAGACUCUCCCUCUGGAAACAGCUAAGGAGCUACCACCUGAAGAAGCAACAGGGAAGAAUGCAAAGUCACAGACUGUAGAAGUGAUUCCUAAUGAGAACAACGUGGCAGAAACAGUGGAAGGAUAUCAGUCUGUGGAACAAGUUGAACAAAAGGAACUUCAAGAGACCUUGAAGGACAAACAGUUCCAGCUUCUAGAAGCAAGUCCCAAAGAGAACAGCUCUCCCAAAGCAGCAGAAGUGGGUCCGUCUGCAGAAAGCAGCGAACAGCAGCAACCUUGGGAAACACUGUGCAAAGAGGAGCGGCCCCAACUUCCAGAAACAGUUCUCAACGAGAAGGAAACACCACGAACGCCGGACAGAAGCCAACUUGUGCAAACUCCUGGAAUGAACCAGUCACUCUGUGAAACUCCUGAUGGGACCAGGACCGCCCAUGAAUCUCAACCCGAAGCAACAGCUGGAAGCAGGGAACAGCUGGCUGAAACUGCAGAGAUGGCACCAGAUGUGGAAAUGGCCAGAGAAAUUCACACCGAUGAAGAGCAGCAACGCAUUGAAGGUGAGACCGGAGAGAAGGUGGAAGCACAGAAGAAAAACGAGAGAGAAAGUGAAGAAACUGAAGCCAAAGAAAAGGAAACAGGAGAAGCUGUGGGUCUCGGAGUGGCAGCAGAGACCGACGGAAGGGCUAGCGCACACAGCGCGUCAUAGCAAAGGGCGGGAAAAUCUGUGGCUGUGGGGGCACCUGCCAUCUUUCUGUGGCUAUGUGGUUUAUACAAGGAGUGAAGCUGUGGACUGACUUAGGAACAGGAGAACAAAUGCUGUUUUUGAUUGUGUUCUGCCAUAAAACUGCUAAGCUAGACAAGCUGUUUUUAGGUACUUAGGAUAAGCAUGCAUUCAAAGUGACAAUAGCCAGAACCAAUAAAAACUGUAAGACCAUUUAAGAAUGUGAAGGUGAUAUUCUUCCUUUCGGGGAUAAAAUGAGACCCUGAAAGGAAAGAGUAAACGAUAUAGUGGGACUAGAGAGAGGAAUUUGCAACAUUUAAGGAACUCAUGAUGGCAGAGUUAGAAUGAUGGGAUAAGAGUGAAUAACCCCGGAACACAGGAUGAACUACACCUAAUAUUUCUGUCUUGUGAUGGGAAUUAGAGCUGCCACUGGGGUGCUGCCGCUGGGGUGCUGCUGCUGGGGUGCCAUUGCGAGGUUUGGCAUUUUCACAAUGAAAGGGUCCACAUUCUUCAAGUGCCAUUUUGAAUUGGCUGAUGAUUAUGCUCACUAGAGGUGUUUCAGUUGGUGAUUUUUUUGUUUGUUGUACUUACUAACAGUGAAAUAAUUUUAAAUUACUUGACCUUUAAUGC